AUGCCAGGCACUCAGCCGGCAAUCGAUGGCAGCCACGAGGAGGAGGAGGAGGAGGAGGCGAAGAGCACUGAGCAGGGAGCAAGUCUCGUGAUUGCGUUACGUGUUCGCGGAAGCAGCAGCUCUGGCAGCAACAGUGGCAACAGCGACUGCCUGCUGCUGCACCUUCCACUGACGCUGGGCGAGCAGAGUGCGAGCAAUGAGACGACUGUGACGCAGCUGGGGAGCAGCAACAGCAGCGAUCUGCUGCCGAAUGCCGAGAAGCUAAUUAGAUAUCGACGCCAUCCGCCGUUUAAGCUGCGCAAGCGCAGCAAGCAGCGGCGACGCAACAAGGGUCCGCCUCCGCCCAAGAUCAAGUACGGACCGCCCAGUUAUCCGCCGGGACCGCCCAUAAGCUACUAUAAGCCCGAGGAGCCGAGCUACUCGCUGGAGGAUUUCCAGCAUCUGAAAUUUGAUGGCGCCGACUUUCAGAUACCCGCCUCCAGCUACGAGGCGCAGUCCAUGGAUCUGGAUCUGUACAGCCACGACGAGCCGGAACUCUAUGGCGCCCACAAGUUUCCCAGUCUCGAGUACAGCUUCACGGGCGGCCACGAGUCGCCGCCGCCGCCGAGCUCCGCCUACGAGCACAAGCCGCACCAGAAAUACGGCGUUCCGCCGCAACAUCAGAGCAGCUAUGAACCACCCGAAUCCUUUGUACCGCAGCACUAUGAGCCGCCGCCGCCUCCGCCAGGACCUCCAUCCACCAAGUAUGGUGUCCCUCACGUGCCCAGCUUUACGCAUUCUGCUGCUCCACCAGCCCCGGACUCGUACUCCAUUUACGAGCAGAAGAUUCCCAAUGCUGGCUAUCAUCACAGCUUUGCCGAGCCGCCCCGUGGACCUCCCACUCACUCCGGCAACAUUGAGAUAUCCUACUCCCCGCCCGCCUACGAGAUCUCCACUUCCUAUCAGGCCAAUGAGCCGCAAUAUAAGCCCAGCUAUCCAUCGUCCUCUCCUGGAAAUAGCUAUCAGCCAGCAUCCUCUUCUCAUGAUAGUUAUCAGCCCCCAUCUUCGUCUCAUGAUAGCUAUCAGCCACCAGCUCCUCCUGGUCAUGACUAUCAGCCCCCAUCGUCGUCUCACGAGAGCUAUCUUCCACCAGCUCCGUCUCCUGGUCAUGAGUAUCAUUCUCCAGCUCCGUCUCCUGGUCAUGAGUAUCACUCUCCAGCUCCAUCUCCUGGUCAUGGCUAUCAGCCUCCACCACCUUCUCCUGGUCAUGGGUAUCAACCACCUUCCUCGUCAUCCCAUGAUAGCUAUCAGACACCAGGUCCAUCCCCAGGUCAUGACUAUCAGCCACCUGCGCCCUCCCCAGGCCAUGACUAUCAAGGUCCACCCCAAGAUUUUGCGGAACCACCACCAGAGCAUCCGCCUGGCAGCUAUGGCCAACCGGACACGCAUUUACCCAUCGAGAGCUAUCCGCAGGAGGAUUAUGCGCCGCCGGCGGAUGAAUUGCCGCUCAGUCCCAAUCACAAGUUCCCGAGCUUUGACUUCCCGAAGUCCAGUUACGAGGUGCCCAUCUACGACCCGAUACCCUUCGAGGCGUCCAACAAGGAGGAGCAGGAGCUAUUCCCGCCCAUACUAAACGAGAGCACGCCCAACGAGCUGCCUCCGGAUGAUGCACAUGCUGCGGGCAGCUCGCGAACACCGACAAAGAGCCGGAAGCGCAAGCGUCGACCCUCCGCGGCAGUCGUGUCCAAGAAGCACACGCUGGACGUGCCGGAGCUGCAGCAGGCCUACGAUGCGGAGUCGCAUGUGCAUGUUCGCGGCACCGAGCUCGAUACGGCGGCGCACGGCUCCCGCCACGUGGAGCAGAAGAGAAACUAUUUGAACUUUGUAACUCGCUCAACGACAACGACAACGACGACGACCACAGCGGCGCCCUGGAGUCCGAUGCGCGUGCGCACCACCUCCAUCAAUGCCUUCAUUCCCACCGUGGCAACGACUACGCCAGCCAGUCGGAGCAGGAGUCGCGGCACCUCGCGCUUUCGCAGUCGCAGUCCGAGCCCCAGCACCGAGACGGCCUCCACGGUGGUUACCAUCGAGAAGUCACGUUCCCAGAGCUAUUACGAUGGAACCCUUCCACCGCCCACCCAACAACAGUACUCUGUGCCAGGGGGGCGUGGUGCACGGCCAACGCGCCGACCUACACAACUGCGAGGCGGCGGUGACGCUUUAGCUUUACAGCCCGGCACGGAACGAAAUCCGACGCCGAAGCGCACCACCAAAGGCGUCUUCGAUACGACGCUCUUCAAGAGUCCCCUGAGCGAUCGGGAAAUGGACCGAAAGCUCCAUUUGUUGCGUCAGAACUUGCCAAAAAAUCACAAACUAUACUAAAAUGCGGAGAGUU